CACGUGAAAGAUAAGCAGUGCCUAAUUAAAGUAGGAUAAUGCCACUACGCAUGGUAUUAUACAGGACCACAGGAUGAACGUAAACAUCAGGAACAACAACAGAUAUGUCAUCUCAUGUUAUGAGCACAGUGUUCCUCCAGAUCCACCUCAGUAGAUGAGUAUAUAAUUGAAUGAUGUGUUUGAACAGCAUGAGUAGCUUUGAGGACGUCCCCUUUAAGAUACCCAUGGGUGCCCUAGAUGAGCCACUGGAAGAGAUUCGAGAGGUAACAGCUCCAGACAUCAACGUUCCAGACCGCCUUCAAAUACUCCAAGAUACAAAGUAUGACUUCAGUGUGGAAAAUUGGGUUCUAAGUAGUCUUCAAGGUUCCUGUGGUUCUCAGUCAGGCACGCAUCCCUCCUGCCCUCCUCACUGGAUGAUGAGCAGCCCUCCGGAAGGGCGCAUGUCCCGACGCAGAAGCAGUGAAAGCUGGGACUCCAAGCGACGCCCGCGUAGCCUCAGUCUAGGCGCAGCCGACAUGGGCUACCCCCAACAGCACCGCGCGGUCAAGUUCCUUGUCGAGUCCGAGUGUGACGCCGGUGGAUACUCUGAAGAUGAUGAGGGUUCGUCCACAGAGGACAGCGCCCACUGCCAAUCCUGCCAGUGUGGGGACAGGCCCCGCAGCUCAGGGGCCAAGCGCCAGGGCUCCAGGCGGAUCGAGAUCCAGCAGAACACCUCUCCUCGCCAGUCCGGACAGUCCUCCCCACGGACCAUGUCACGUCCCAGGAGAUCCAUGUCCACUGGCCAGGACAUUCAGCUGGCACCACAGUGGCUGGGCAGCCCGCCGUGCCAAGGCCAGUGGACGUCCAAGAGGCGCAACACUCCUGCUCCCAGUGGUCGGAGGCGUCCACUGAGCAACACUCCGGCCACACCGAGUCCAGCCACAAUCACGCUCUCCUCCACGCCGAUACAGACCAGGCCAUCCUCAGCUGGACACAUCUCUACAUCCAGAAAUCACAAACCUGUUGCACAGAGGACUCAGCGAUGCAAGACCUCACAUGGACGACCAUCAGGACAAGAUUCUGCAACAGAGCUGUUCUCUGCCCUUAGUCAGGACGAGAAGGAGCUGCUGGAUGUCAUAACUGAGCGAGGUUAUUCUCUCCGCACAGCCAUCAUCGCAUUGCAGAGGACCGGCCUUCGCAAACCAGAACAGGUCCUGAGUUACCUGGUGGCCUGCAAAAGAUUACGUGGUUUGGGCUAUGACCAAGUCCAGGUGGAAGAGGCUUUGGAAAUGUUCCAUUACAGCGAAAGCAAGGCUUCAGAGUUCUUGCGCCUCCUGACUCAGUUCAAUGAGAUGGGCUUCAAGGAGAAUGCCAUCAAAGAGGUGCUGCUGGUGCAUGGCAACCACCGGGAGAGGGCCUUAGAGGAGCUCAUGAUGAACACAUUGUGAACACCCUUUAGCAUUUAGCUCAACACACAUGCUUUUGAUUAGCCGGUACACACAAAAACAGUCCUUUUAGGAAUUGUUUCAGAGAAUUAUGCAUAACCGGUAAAUACUGUAUGCCUGCACAUAGAAGCAUUAAAUCAUGACAUGUUACUAGGCUGAAAUGAUAACUGAUGUGAUCACAUGGAGGAAUGAUACAAAUACAGUAGAC